AUGGGAGGUCUGCUAACCUUGAAUUCAUUCGUCACGGUCUUCCCCGAGAUUGAUACGACUCAUUCGAGCUCUUCUACAAGUACCAAUUCCACCACCCAGGGAAUUACCACUGCUUCCUACAAUCUCGGGUGUUUCUUCGGUGCAAUCUUCUGUAUCUGGAUUGGAAACUACCUUGGUCGCCGCAAGACCAUUUUUGCUGGCUCAAUCAUCAUGAUCAUUGGUGCAACAUUGCAAGCGUGCGCAUAUUCGCUACCACAUCUCAUCGUCGGUCGCAUUGUGACCGGUAUCGGGAACGGCAUGAACACUUCAACCGUUCCCACAUGGCAGUCAGAGUGCUCCAAAUCCCACCACCGUGGUAAACUAGUCAUGUUGGAAGGUUCCUUGAUCGCUGCCGGUAUCACAAUCAGUUACUGGAUAGAUCUUGGCUUUUCGUUCCUAGACCCCAGCUCCGUUGCAUGGCGAUUCCCAAUCGCUUUCCAGAAUGCGUUCGCCCUGAUAAUCCUGAUCUUCGUCUUGCCACUACCGGAAUCACCUCGUUGGUUGAUUCUCAAAGGCCGUGAGGAGGAAGCCAUGGAAGUUCUCGCUGCGAUUCUUGAUCUAGAUGAAGGCGACCCUUACGUCCACUCGGAAUUCUCCGCUAUCAAGGAUGCUGUUCUUGAAGCUUCGACUGUUAGCUUCCGCGACCUUUUCACCAUGGAUGAAGAUCGUCAUUUCCACCGUGUCGUUCUCGCCUACGUCAAUCAGAUGUUCCAACAGAUCUCCGGUAUUAACCUAAUCACAUACUAUGCCGCUACUAUCUACGAAAGUAUCGGCAUGGAUGGGUUGACUUCGCGCAUUCUAGCUGCCUGCAACGGUACCGAGUAUUUCCUAGCCUCUUUGAUUCCGAUCUUCAUCAUUGAGAAGGUAGGCCGUCGGCAGCUGAUGCUAAUCGGUGCUGCUGGAAUGUCUCUCUCAAUGGCUGUUCUGGCAAUCACCACCAGUUUCAAGGGCAAUAGCCAAGCUGGUAUCGCUGCUGCCGUGUUUCUAUUUGUUUUCAACACCUUCUUUGCGCUUGGUUGGUUGGGCAUGACCUGGUUGUAUCCAGCCGAGAUUGUUCCUUUGCGCAUCCGUGCACCUGCCAACGCUCUCGCAACCUCAGGCAACUGGAUUUUCAACUUCAUGGUGGUCAUGAUUACACCUGUGGCAUUUGACUCCAUCAAAUACAAGACCUACAUCAUCUUCGCGGUCAUCAACGCCUUCAUCUUCCCCGUUAUCUACUUCUUCUACCCUGAAACGGCCUACCGAUCUCUGGAAGAAAUGGACACUAUCUUCCAUAAAACCAGCAGCGUAUUCAACGUGGUCUCAGUUGCCCGCAACGAGCCUCAUCGCUAUGGCAAGAAUGGCGAACUGCUUAUCAAUUAUGAAGAUACAGAGGAGCAUCUUCGUCGCGCUAGCUUCGUAUCCGAAAAGCCCAAAGACAAGAUGAUGUCUGGGACUGGCGAUUUGGAGACUGGGAAGGGGAGUCAUGUUGAGCACCGCAAGAACAGCGGCAGUGCAUCUGACAGCAGCUAG